UUUCAUCUACUCAUUCUGAUCAGUCUGACGUUUUAAUGGUGGAUGUGGCAACAAGUUUGCCUGUUUUUGCCGACGAGGUGCUGACUUCAGAGGUUGCUGAAGACACUGUGGUGACCACUUCUGUUGCAAAUUCUGGAGAGAGGGUAGCAGUGCAGGUGGCAAGCCACUCCUCUGUCCAUGUAGCUUUGGGGUCUAAGCCUACAGAUGAUCAGGCUGAACCAGCAACGGCUCCCUCACCCCCCUUCCGGGAUGAACAAGACCUCCCUGCCUUUGAUCAAGCUCCUCGGGGGUCCUGGCAGGCUGGCACUGGGGGGAAGGCCACCCCUCAUAUCUCAUCUAUCUUUAACGACAAGCCUGUGAUUGAAGCAGUUACUCAUAUGGAGCAAACAUCAGAAGAAGUAGUUACCGCUUUUUCCGAUCACAUUGUUAGUCUUAAAGAGAUUGAGCAGUCACCACCAGAGAGUGCCGUUCUUGUAGACAAGAGAGUCUCGGGCGGGCCUGAGAAAGCUGAGGGCUCUGCAGAACUUGCCCCGCUGGAGGAUGCAGACCAUCCCUCCGUGCAGGUGGAGGCAGAAGCAACCAUUCUGAUCUCCGACACCUCUCUGAAAGCCCUGCUUGCACAGUCCCUGAACCCAGAGGGCGCCGCCCAGGCCACAGGCUCUCAGAGAUCUCUGCAUCUUGAAGUGGAGAUCAUUGCGCUAGUUCCCGGGCAGGAGGAGGACUCGGCCCCCCCGGAGGCGGAGGUCAGACCCGUGGGCUCUGGGGAAGCUGCCCAAGCCGGGCAGGAGGAAGACUCCGCCCCCCCGGAGGCAGAGGUCAGACCCCUGGGCUCUGGGGAAGCUGCCCAAGCCGGGCAGGAGGAAGACUCCGCCCCCCCGGAGGCAGAGGUCAGACCCCUGGGCUCUGGGGAAGCUGCCCAAGCCUGGCAGGAGGAAGACUCCGCCCCCCCGGAGGCAGAGGUCAGACCAGUGGGCUCUGGGGAAGCUGCCCAAGCCGGGCAGGAGGAAGACUCCGCCCCCCCGGAGGCAGAGGUCAGACCAGUGGCCUCUGGGGAAGCUGCCGAAGCCGUGCACUCAGGUGCCUCAGUAACGCCACCUGGUGGCGUCCUCAGUCCCGCUCCAGAGGGUCUCAGUGGACCAGAGAUCGAACCCGAAGGGGAGGCAGCACCUGCACCAGGUUUGAUGGAGCCAGCAAUAGCAACAAGCGAAGCAGGACAGCCACCACCAUAUUCUAACACGUGGACCCUUUACUGUCUAACUGAUAUGAAUCAACCAAGCCGCCCAUCACCGCCACCUGCACCUGGGCCUUUCCCCCAGGCCACCCUCUAUUUACCUAAUGCUAAGGAUCUGCAGAGUCCACCGAAAGUCACUUCUCCAACUUACGUGAUGAUGGACGACAGCAAGAAGGCCAGUGCCCCGCCUUUUAUCCUAGUAGGCGCCAAUGUCCAGGAAGCGCAGGACUGGAAGCCACUUCCCGGGCACACGGUCGUGUCCCAGUCAGAUACCCUGAAGAGAUACGCAACAGUCCAAGUGCCCAUUGCCGUUCCUGCAGAUCAGAAAUUCCAGAAACUCCCCCGACAUGCCCAGAGUGCUAGUCCUCCUUCCAGUGGACAAGAAGGUCCCCGGCCACAGAGCCCAGUUUUCCUUUCUCUCGCUAUCCCGGUAGAAGAUGUAGCCAAAAAGUGUUCAGGAUCUGGUGACAAACGUACCCCCUUUGGAAGUUACGGUAUUGCUGGAGAGAUAACCCUGACUACUGCCAAUGUCCGCAGAGCAGAACCCUAAUGCCACAGAUGCUGAAAACGAGGCUGUCUGAGUCGACGUUCAAGGUGGAGUCUGCCACCACGCGUAAUGUAUCAGUAAACUUCAUGCAGCAUAACGCCUCGUGCUCUCGCUUCUUUGUUACUUUAGGAGGCAUACAAGCAACUGAACACAGAGGCCUAACAUUUUCUCAGACCUGUGACAUAAUAGCAUUUGCCAACUCAUGUCGACAUUGUAAAGAGAAGUGCUCACCCAGGCGUUUUCCUAGUCCGUGUUUCCGUUGGCAUUUCUGUAUUUGGCAUUCACACCAAAAGAAGUAGCACCUGCCGUAGCCCUGUUUCCCAGAGAAACACCUACUAAAUGCCGCUGGCUCUCUGGCCCUGGGCUGCAGCACACCAGGACCUCUUUGUAAGGACAUUUAAAAAUAUAUAUAUAUUUUUUUAAGAGAAAGAGGAAAGGGAGAGAGAAACAUCAUGCCCCAGUGGAAUUGAAACAGUGACCUCUUGGUGCAUGGUCAAUGCUCAGCCACUGAGUCACACUGGCUGGGCUGUAAGGACAUUUCUUAAAAAUACAUUUUUAUUGAUUUCAGGGAAGAAGGGAGAGGGGGAGAGAGAAACAUCAAUGAUGAGAAAGAACCACUGAUUGGGUGCCUCCUACACGCCCCCCACUGGGAUUUGAGCCCAUAACCUGGGCAUAUGCCCUGACCAGGUACAUAUGACCAGAGGCCAAUGCUCAACCACUAAGCCACGCUGAUCCAGGCUCAUUAUCCAAAAAAAUGUAAAUAAUUUUGUGUCACUCCUUCCUUACCCCAAUGCAUACAUUGCAAUCCCUUCGUGGUGAAUUCUGUCAGUUACCUGAUUGGAGACACCUCAUCAAGCCACUUAAGCUCUUACUGAAAGGCCGCCUAUCCCCUCUGGCCUCAAAUCCCAACUGCUAAGCAGC